UCAGUCCAACAGUUAAGAGUGGAUGUUGAUUUGUACAUAUAAUGUCCUAUGGAUGUUAACGAUAAGUUUGCUGGUGACAAAAAACGAAGCCCUCCGAUUAAAGUUCUGUCUAGCCAGCUCCGGGAGGGCAAAGAACAUACCGCACCGAACGGAAAGAUCGAGUGUACUGUGAAAAGGCUGGGUCAAGGGAAGACGGUCCCCCUUAAGGUCUCUGUGGUGUGGAUGCAGGGAACAGUGCUGGAAGUAAAGUCGGACAACAGCACCACUGUGUUACUGCUAGACGAGACCGGGACUUUCUUGGUCAAUGGUGUGAGCAACAUUCCAAAGGGAAAGCCUUGUCUCUUUCCAGGCAAAUACGUCAUGGUGAUGGGGGUUCUUCAGUCCUGCAGUCCGGAGCCGGUUCUCCGCGCCGUUAAGAUGGCAGACCUCUCUCUUAAUGACGUCAUUCACAGGAGAAUGUGGAAAUUUGAAGUGCAAGAUCUUCAGCAAACGUUAUGAGAAACUCAAAGCAGCAUGGGAUCGUCACAUAAUUGAUGGACCCUCUUUUAUUUGCAACAAUAAAUGCAUUUUCUUGGUUGAAGAUCUGGGUGAAUAUGCUAAGCUAACUGUAGAGUACAGAUGAAGUCUCAUUUUAGUGUAAUACUAAAAGUAUUUCUGAAAUGACCCUUUACAGUGGCAGGCAAAGGUAGUGACUGAAAUGUCUACAAGUCAGUCAUAUACAAGAUUAGCAAUAUCUUUUGUCUUUCCAUAAUUCUAAAUGCAAUGGGACAGAUGCUGACCCAGUCCUAUACAAUCUGUAAAUUCAGAUCAGUCAUCUUGCUCCUAGAGCACCACCAAGCUUGCAAUCUUUUAUUCCAACUACUCAACACAACUAAGCUCUGAAUGCCAUUGUAACUGUGAAGUUAAAUUGCAAUCGAACAUCUCUCCAACCGUUCCAAAGGUGGCUAAGCUUUACAUAGAAUGCAUUUCAAAUACAUACAACAGGUAUAUUUAAUCUCAAGCAUGACUCCUAAGCACGACUCCCAUGCAUACUGUACUGUACACUUUAAGUGCUUUUGAUUAUGGAGCAUGCAACAUAUUUGUGAAACAUGUCCUGUAU